CGGGUGCUGUAUAACAGCUGACAGAGAGCAACACAGGUUGGCCGCUCCUGCACAGUCCUCUCAUUGUCCCAUCACAGUACAGGUAACUCCACACCCUCAGCACACACCGUACACUUCCGGGAUGCUGGCAGGAGGUGAGGCACUUCCGGUUGCGAGCUCCGUGGCCGGAUGACGUGGCUGAGUUGCCGCUGAGGAAGCGGCUGGUGUCGGAGCAGGGGCAGUGACAGGAGGUAGGAGGAAGAGGAGGGAUUACCGAAGCCAUAGCCGCUGUGCGUGAGCCGAGCUGCCUGCUUAGGAUGAGGCCGCAGAGGCUGCUGCUGCUGUGCCUGUACGUGCUGUACGCCCGGGCGGAUGAACAUGAGCACACAUAUGAUGACAAAGAGGAGGUUGUUUUGUGGAUGAACACAGUAGGACCGUAUCACAAUCGGCAAGAGACAUACAAAUACUUUUCACUGCCUUUCUGUGUUGGAACAAAGAAGAGUAUUAGCCAUUACCAUGAAACCUUAGGAGAAGCCCUGCAAGGGGUGGAGCUAGAAUUUAGUGGCUUAGAUAUUAAAUUUAAGGACGAUGUCCUGCAAACCUCUUAUUGUGAAAUUGAUUUGACUAAAGGCAAGAAAGAGGCUUUUGUUUAUGCCAUCAAGAACCACUAUUGGUAUCAAAUGUACAUUGAUGAUUUACCAAUAUGGGGUAUUGUAGGUGAAGCUGAUGAAAAUGGAGAGGAUUAUUUUCUUUGGACUUACAAAAAACUUGAAAUUGGUUACAAUGGAAACCGCAUUGUGGAUGUGAACCUUACCAGUGAGGGCAAAGUAAAACUGGUCCCUAACACUAAAGUUCAGAUGUCCUACUCUGUGAAAUGGAAAAAGUCAGAUGUCCGCUUUGAAGUUCGAUUUGACAAGUACCUCGACCCUUCAUUUUUUCAGCACAGGAUACAUUGGUUUUCAAUUUUCAAUUCAUUUAUGAUGGUUAUAUUCCUGGUUGGAUUGGUGUCCAUGAUUCUUAUGCGAACGCUAAGGAAGGAUUAUGCUCGAUACAGUAAAGAGGAGGAAAUGGAUGACAUGGACCGGGAUUUGGGAGAUGAGUAUGGUUGGAAGCAAGUCCAUGGAGAUGUUUUCCGACCGUCAAGUCACCCUCUUAUGUUUUCAUCUCUAAUUGGAUCUGGCUGUCAGAUCUUUGCCGUCUCUCUCAUUGUAAUUAUUGUUGCCAUGAUUGAGGAUUUGUACACAGAGAGAGGUUCCAUGUUGAGCACUGCUAUUUUUGUCUAUGCUGCAACAUCUCCGGUGAAUGGAUAUUUUGGAGGAAGUCUUUAUUCAAGACAAGGAGGCCGACGAUGGAUAAAGCAAAUGUUCAUUGGAGCUUUUCUAAUCCCAGCAAUGGUUUGCGGAACUGCAUUUUUCAUCAACUUUAUUGCAAUUUAUUAUCAUGCAUCAAGGGCAAUACCAUUUGGAACAAUGGUUGCCGUUUGUUCUAUUUGUUUCUUUGUAAUCCUUCCACUGAACCUGGUUGGGACAAUUCUUGGGAGAAAUUUGGCAGGGCAGCCCAACUUCCCCUGUCGUGUAAAUGCUGUUCCACGGCCCAUUCCUGAAAAGAAGUGGUUCAUGGAGCCAGCUGUCAUUGUCUGCUUGGGUGGAAUUUUACCUUUUGGAUCAAUUUUCAUUGAAAUGUAUUUUAUUUUCACCUCCUUCUGGGCUUACAAAAUAUAUUACGUCUAUGGAUUUAUGAUGCUGGUUCUGGUUAUACUCUGCAUUGUGACCGUAUGUGUGACUAUAGUAUGCACCUACUUCCUAUUAAAUGCAGAGGACUACAGGUGGCAAUGGACAAGUUUCCUUUCUGCUGCAUCGACUUCUAUCUAUGUUUACAUGUAUUCAUUUUACUACUAUUUUUUCAAAACAAAGAUGUAUGGAUUGUUUCAAACAUCAUUUUACUUUGGAUAUAUGGCAGUAUUUAGCACAACUUUGGGGAUUAUGUGUGGAGCAAUCGGUUACAUGGGAACAAGUGCCUUUGUUCGGAAAAUUUACACGAAUGUGAAAAUUGACUGAGAAAUCCAUUGGAAAUGGGAACUGUGGAUCAGUUACUACUUUUUUCUGGGGAUGGGGAGAAAUAUGCACAUUAGUGCCAGAAGAGAUUGGGUUUUAACACUGGGUACUGUGUUGGUCUCCGUUUUUGUGGAAGGCUUAAAAAUGGCAUCACUUUCAUUGAUCCUAGGUUCUCACUGACUGCUCUUUCCAAUCAUCACAGCAAAUGCUUGGAUUAUACGCAGUAAGCAUUAAUACAGUACACGGCUAAUCUUCCCAAAAAAAAAAAAAAACCUAGCUCAUUAAAGAUGAAUAGACUAGCUCUCUUCAGUGAAGAGGACAAACAGUUUAUUUAAAGCAUUUGUUCCAUUAAAUAAAAAGAGGGAAACUUGGCUGCUGAAACUAGUUGAUUAGUAGUCUUCUUGGUACCUUCUCAAUGCUCUAGGAAUGCUGUUCCAGGAAACCUUCUUUUCUCUUAAGUUUUGUCUCCACUUUAAAGUUGUAUGUUUAUAUUUUGACUGUGGUUGUCCAUUGGUUUGCAGUGUCAAAUACAUCUGCACUGUUUUUAUAUAUAUAUAUAAAAAAAACAAUAAAGUGCAUGUAAUAUUACGGCUUUCCAUAUAAUUGGACCAAUCUCCCAACGUAUUUAUCACUGAAAUGGACAAUUAAACAAAACACAGCAUUUUAAGAAUCCAUCCAAAGGGGGGCUGAAAACAGGUGUUCUCAGCACUGCAAUUUACUGUAUAGUUAAAAGAAAACCAUGUAAAAUGACUAGAUUUUUAGUUUUUAUGACUCCUUUUAGGUCUAGAUUUACAAAAGGAAGCAUUUUAACUGAAUUCCUAUAGUAAUCGUCAUCCUUCUUCUCACUUUAAUCCUGUUUCAGUACUUUGAAAUACGAUUUUUCUUUUAGUUUGGGUUUAAUGAAGGCUUUCCUUAAAAUAUAAUGGGGGAAAUAAGUGUAUAUAACAAUAAAUAAUGUAACUUAGGGUUAGAUCCCAAAUGUAUUUGGAUGUACAGGUUUACUAUGAAGUCCUUUUUUUUUUUUUUUUUUUUUUUUUAUUCAUUGUACAAAAUCUGUGGAGUCAGGUGGCUUUUUCCAUCUUGCCUGCCAUUUGCAUGAAACAUCUGUUACUUUCCAUGAUGUGUGUCUGUCGCAUUUCUUUUUGUUCUAUUUCCUUCUGAAGCUCUUACACAAGGCUGGUCAGAUUUGUAAUUUAGGAAUUUUUUUUUUUGUUAAUCUUGUCUGGACACUUGUGUAACAUCUGAAGCGCUGUGGCUUUGGAGUGUUCAGAAAGCUGAAAUAAAAUUUUCAGACAAACCCUUUCUUUGACCCUUUUUAUAUUUUCUUCAAGACUCUCGGAGUCGGUACUUCCAUUUGUAUGUUUUAUGUCACAGACACGGCCUGCAUAAAGGAAAGAACUUUGAUCAAAGUUCUUAACAGUUGCACCUUUUUUCUUCAAGCUCAGUGUUGUCCAACAGCAAGUCUUGUAGACUCCACUUUUUUGAAGGUCUGAUUGCAUUAAAGGAGAGAGAGAAAGCUACCGAAGCAGUUUAUUGCCAAUAAAUUAGCCACAAUAGUGCAAGCUAUAACACUAUAUUUAUUCUGCAGAAUGCUUUACCAUACCUAAUUAAACAGCUCUAGAACCUCUCUCUGUUUGUUUAGGAUAGCAGCAGCCAUAUUAGCUUGGUGUGACAUCACUUCCUGCCUGAGUCUCUCCCUGUUCACUCAUAGGACUAAGCUCAGAUUACAGCAGGGAGAGGCGGAGUGAGGGGUGAAAGGGAAUGGGAGAGAGGAGCAAACUGAGCAUGCUCAAGCCCUAGCCCUGGAGAUUUAAGCUGAAAACAGGAAGUCUGAUACAGAAGCCCAUGUGUACACAAUAGAAGGAAAGAAAAGUGUUUCUUUUGACAGAGGACUCAGAGCAGCAUUACUUUGAGGGUUUACUGGUGUGUUUUUAUAAACCUUUCUGAAGAGCUUACUUAGUUUUAGCCUUUCCUUCUCCUUUAAAAUCCUAUUGUAACCGUUCAUUUUCCAGAUUGUUUGCAUUUGUCCCUGUAGGUUUCUAAUGGCCCAUCCUGAUACAGUCAACUAAAGAAUGCGUAUUUGCAUUUAUGCUCUUCCAGAAGGUUACAGUGUAAUAUUUAUUUCCCUAUUUCAGGCCAUUCCUCCAACAGAAAAGGAAUAAAACGUACACUCGACAAAUGACAAAUUGUGCUCCAAUUUAACCUCUCGCUAAUCAUUUAUUUCUGUACAGUUAAGAGAAAAUCUCAUUAACACCGAAGAUUUUGACCUAUUUGAAUGUUUCUGUCCAUACCUGAGUUGAUUUCUAAUUAUGCUUAUCUACAGAAAUAAACCUGAGAUAAGGGAUGUGAUUGAA